AUGCUACACCAGUCUCUUGCCGGCAAUAAGCCAAGCCUUGAUUAUAUAUUUCACGAGUGCCAUUUACCCUCCAUCGUCCUCUCUACAAACUCUGGUCGUUGUCAACCAAGAAGUAAAGCAACAAUCCUCAAAAAUAUGGUGAGAAACUGGUGAACCUAGCAGUCUUUAACCCAUACGUUAUGUUAAUCUUUUCAGUUUUCUUUCAUUUAAAGCUGUAAGCUCCGUAAACUAUAUACGUAACUGAGGUAAUUAAUGAGAAACAUGUCGCUUCAAGUUGAUGCAAGAAAGCAAACUGAGUUAUUUUAUUUUUUCCAGCUGAUUUAAGCAGCCCUUUGAACGAAGCUAUCUGAAAUGAUAAACCGGGUAUUUUCAGCCUUUUAUUUACGGCUGCCAUUAGGACAGUAGCGUCAUAGAGAUGUGGCCACCAAGCGCUUACAACGCCCUAAAAACAAAAAUAAGAAUGACUGAGUUUUUUACGACCGGAUGAUAUGAUACUCGUGAAGCAGGGUUAUGGCUGCCAGGGCUUUAGAGCUUCGUUCUCGAAAUACCUAGGAAGGUAGAAAUAAGCCGUGCGCCUGAGGAAAAAAAAUGAUAAUAACCUCGGCAGCCAGGUUAGGUUAAAGCUCUUACAAAGACGAGUUCUUAAUAAAUAAGAUUCAAUUCAGACGUAUAUUCAUGUAGUGAAGGUUUUAAAAGACGGUUUCGCUGUCAGUUAACUGCCCUAAAUGGGUCCUAUAAAAGCUAAAAUAUCAAAAGCACUGCACCAUAUUGAUACCCUCCUACACAAUUUCCAGAAGAGUCUCCUCAUUAAAAUGAUUUCAAUACAUGUAUUUAAUAUGCUUGUAUUUUUCAAUGUAUUAGCAUAUUUCCUCUCCUUAUAGAGUCAUCAUGCAUUGUAUUUUUUUAAAAGGCUUUAAUUUAGUUCCUACCUCACAUAUCUUGUAAACACUCUAAACAUUAAUAUAUACAGUAAUGUUUUUUUGCGCAAAAUUCAAAUAGAACGCGAUACGAAAAACUCUACUCAGAUGUCUUCUUCUGUCUUCUUCUAAUCUUUUAUUUAUUUGUUGUAACUAUUUAUAAAUAUUGAUUUUUUUGGCAGAAAAUGUGCUUAUGAAUUAAAUGACCAAUUUUUAGAACACAACGAAAGAGCCGAAAAUCGUGUCCAUAUAUUCCAGUCGUAUAACACCAUUUCUUUCUCGAAUUGUGGUUAUGAGUGAAAUGUUUUUCCCUUGUUGCCAGUCAGUGAUGCAGCGGAAAACAGAGAACGCCACAGCAAUUAUGCAAAACCCGUGAAGCGCGUUCUCUUUGUAUUGGCAAGGGAGGAUGAACUAAGUUAUCCCCGUGCUCCAUACGCCACAACAAUGCCAUCCUGUGCACCGCGAUAAGAGAGAAGAAAGUGUAAGCCGGUACUACGAGACUGGUGGGAAUGACCGAGCGGAGAAGGAACCGCUUCACAUUCGCUCCAAAAAAGGUCGCUUGCUCAAGUCCAAAAGGGACUACUAGAUAUCUAACUCCAUCCGAAGCACCAUACAUUAAAGGCUGGUACACACUGGGCGACAAGUUGCAGCAACAUGUUGCGACGGCACGUCGCAGCGACAAAUCGCUUCGUGUGUGCUGGAGAAUUUUUGUGAAAAUCUUUGUCUCUGCAACAGAAUUUUGUCGCAGCAACACGUUGCAAAAAAUCAAAUCAGACAGAAUUUGUGCGACCUGUACACAUGGAGUGAUCUGUCGCCGCGACGUGUUGCUGCAACUUGUCGCCUAGUGUGUACCGACCUUAAGACAUAAAACUCGAAGCGAGGUUGGGGAGAUGGAAAAGAGAAACGCGCGGGGGAAGAUGGGAAGGGAAGAGAGGAUCCUGCCUUUUCCCUCUUCCUAUCGUCCCCCGCGCGCUUGCUAUUUUUCGAUCGUUGCUAUUUUUCAUUGGGAUACCGUGCGGGAAGCUCUGCAGAGGAGAGAGGACAUAUAUGAACACUCUCGCCUACGCACUAAAAAAACGACUAAUCAGUUAAAGAAAAGCACAAAAAAAUCAGUCCCGAAGUCAAAAAAACGUUCUUCAAUUUCCUGUCAAUGGACUGAAUUAGAAAGGGUCUCGAAAUGCUGAGAGUACACGCAAAUUUUCACUUCUGCUUACUGGUGAUGUACGCGAUGAGCAAACUAAGCAUAUCCUCGCUUUAGGCUGUGUCUUCUUCUAAUUUGAUUUUUAUAAGCACUACAGUGACUCUAAAUAAUCGUUGUUACAUUUUUUUAUUGUAGGCUAAUAGACUGACUGAGGAACAAAAAGAAGGUAGUAAUUUUGUAAAAAAUAUAUAUAUAAUCUUCCAUUCUUUAAUUAGAGUCUUAAAUUUUUUUUUAUGGAGACUUGUAUACUGUGUGAGUACGAGGGCCAUUCUUUUGACGUUAACUAGCUAUAUCAUUUAUAUUUAAACAGAAAUUUCAGCAGCUUUCAAGCUCUUUGAUAAAAACGGCAAUGGUUAUAUCUCAGUGGCGGAGCUCGGUGAGGCAAUGAAGCAGGCUGGGCAAGAUUUGUCUGAAGGAGAGAUUAAAGACAUGAUUAAGGCAGUGGACCGCAGUGGUAUGGCUCUUUCCUUUCAUGGCGAUACUAUAAAUUAGCUGGAAGAAGCAAUGGAAGAAAGUAGCUUGCGAAAACAGCAGUCUCUCUGAGGGACGUUUGGCCAAGACGGACGUCUGCGUCUCAGUGACAGAAAUUCCAUACUGAUGACGUAAAAUCUGUCCAGAAUCUGAUUAGUAGCUCUUAUUGGUCGGUGGAGUAGUUGUAUUGUCUUAGCUAUUGUUUACUAUCGACAGACAAACCUGGACAAUUAAAGGUCAAUUGUAAACGCAAUGAAUCUACUUCAAAACAGUCAAACAGAACACAAAAUUUAAACCAUAAUCAACCAGAAGAAACAAAAAAUUGAACAAAUUUACAUAUUUUGGAACCCCAUGACUUCCGGAUUUACGUAAACAUUGAUUUACGUCGUCAGUAUGGAAUCGAAGAGGCGCGAAUGUCCCUUCCGCCGGACGUUCCCUAGCUGCAAGGAGCGAGGAGAGAUGACAGUGAAGAAAGCCCACGCGCGAGGAAAAUGUAGCGCGAGGUACAUAGGCUACGUGUGCGCACUCAAUACUAGCGAACCCAAAAUCUCGCUGCGCACGCAUUCUCUUGUUACCUUUUUGAGUGGUUUACUGUGCAUUCACGAUAGCUCUGACCAUUUAUCAACUGGUUGCUUCUCUAAAGCGAAUGAAAAUUUAGGUGCUAUGAUAAAAAAAACAAGUGGUAGACGUAUUUGGAUGAAAUGAAUCUCAGUCCUAAAUAUAACAGUAUAUAUAAUCAGUGGGUUUUUUUCGAGAACUUUAGUACGUAUUACUGGUAGUCAAAUUUUCAAAUAAGGAAGUUGCAUUGUAGAAUUCGAUGUGAAGAGCAAAAACGCUCCUGCACAAAAUUGCUCCUUUUUAAUUUCCCUGCUGUACUUAACUCGUGACUUAGGGUGUAAUAAAAAAUGUAUUAAGCUUUACUGGCAGCAAGUUUAGUACCAAAGAAAACUUAUAGAGGGCAAUGGGGUUAACACAUCAUCACAGGACCUGCAUUGAUAGCAGUUUUUUCUUAAAACUGAAGCAGCAAUCCUGUAUAAAUAUGUGUGAAUUACUAUUGUUAUUAUUAUCAGUUGCGUGCUGAAGUUUAGGACUUGCAUGGGCCAAUGAUUCCUCAUAAAACAAAGCACGGAUUCCUCAUAAAACAAAGCACGGCAACGCCUAGCUGGCUGAUAAAUCUGUCCCGUAGUUGGAUGUCGUGCCCUUUCUCAGUUUGCGCGCUUAUCAUCGUCGUUUCUUUUCUCUUCCAGGGAAUGGAAUGGUAGAAUACGCCGAGUUCGAAGACCUGAUGGCCAGUCAAAUGGAGGACCCAUUGGGUGCGGAUGAUCUCAAGUAUUACUUUAAAAAAUUUGACCAAAGCGGGGAUGGAUUCAUUACAGGAGACGAACUUGCUCUGGUGAUGAAGACUUUUGGAGGGAAAACCUACUCCAAGGAGGAAAUCGAUGAUGCAAUUAAAACAGCAGAUAUAAAUGCUGAUGGCAAAGUCAGUUAUGAAGGUACGUUAUUGCUGAUUAUGCGUGAGUGA